GCCGGCCUCGGCACUUUUGGCCAAUCACUGUCUGUCUCGCGGCUUACACGGAAAUCUGCCCAAGGACUCGGUCUUCAUGCUUCAUUGACGAGUCUCGACUGCUGUCAUGGCAAGGUACAUGCAGCAAAGUUUGCAGAAUCCACAGGAGCACAUUGGGUAAUGGAAUCCGCGAGAUAUAAAGAGGACCAGGCAGGUGGCCCCAGCCUGGAUCAGAAAAGCAUAUUGGCUGGCAUCUUUUUCUCGACGACAUGGCUUCUACGGACGGCACCACAACGCCUACCUUGCUGGAAAAGGCGCCAGCACCUCUCGAGGCAGUAUCCUUGGACAAGAGCUGGGAUCCCACCAAGCUGUCAUGGCAACGCAAGGCACACAUUGUCAUUGCUGGCUUCACCUGCACCUUCAAUGGCAACAUGGGCUCCUCCAUGCCCUCGGGGGCCCUUGACGCGAUCGCCGAAGAGUUCAACGUCUCGCAAAAAAUCCAUCUCACCCUCCUCAACUCCCUCUACAUGAUCGGCUACGUCCUGGGACCGCUCAUCUUCGGACCUCUCAGCGAGUACAUUGGUCGACGGCCUGUCAUGAUCGGCACGUUUCUCGGCUAUCUCGUCUUCACUCUGGCGUGCUCCGGGGCACCAACCUACGGCGCCCUCCUGGCCCUUCGACUACUGUGUGGGAUCAACGCGGCGGCGCCCACGACAGUCAUCAGCGGUCUCUAUGCUGAUAUCCUCGACAACCCGUCACAGCGAGGUUUCGCGCUGUCCACGUACAUGACCAUCACGACAUUCGGACCAAUGAUAGGUCCCAUUAUCUCCGGCUACUCUUCACCCGUCUCGUGGCGAUGGCCAUUCUGGGCAGCCGGUCUCAUUGCAGCCCCCGGGCUGCCCAUUGUCCUGACCAUCCCCGAGACGUUUGCGCCCGUCCUCUACAACAAGAUGAUCAAGGAGCGUAUCAAGGGCGGCAGCCACGCCGCUGGUUGCACGUCGACAGAGCUGCAGCCCUUUAAUGUCCGCAAGAUCUUCCUUCGGCCGAUGACGCUGCUCGUCACGGAGCCCAUCCUGUUCUCGACGGCCAUCUACCUCGCCCUCGCCUACUCUGUCUUCUACCUGCUCUUCCAGGCGUAUCCGAUUGUCUACCAAGACUUUUAUGGCUUGGCACCUGGGCCAGCAGCCCUGGCGUAUCUACCUGUGGCUCUCGGCGUGAUCCUUUCCAUGGCCGUAUUCUACGUCUUCAACAACUACUACGACAAAUCAGCCCGCGCAGGCCAACACUGGGCGCAGCGCGAGAUCAACAGGAGACUGCCGAUUGCAUGCAUCGCCUCACCCUGCAUGACCAUCUCCCUGUUCUGGCUGGGCUGGACGACCUUUAGGGGCAUCUCGCCCAUCGUCGUGUCCCUGGGCGGCAUCCUCUGGGGCGUCGGCUUCCAGCUCAUCUUCAUGGGCAUGUCCAACUACCUGACCGACGUCUUCCGCCAGCACUCGGCCUCGGCGCAGGCGGCCAGCAGCAUGACCCGGUCCAUUGGCGCCGUCGUCCUGCCCCUCGCCGCGCCCGCCAUGUACGGCGACCUCGGCCUUCACUGGGCCCCGUCGCUGCUGGCGUUCAUCGCCCUCGCCAUGGGGCUCAUCCCGUUUGCCUUCAUUCGCUACGGCGAUGCCCUGGCCAAGAGGAGUCGGUACGCGCAGGCGGUCGAUCUGCCCAAGGAGUAGGGGGGGCCUUGAUGAGAUAUGUGGAUAAUGACAUGAUA